AGCAACGCUCUCUAUUAGGUUAAUGUUUGCUAAAUUACAGGAAGUACAAAAAGAAGGUCCAAUAGGCACCAGCAGCCUUGUGUAAGACGAGAACCAGUUCAGCCCUGCCAUCACUGGCAGCCCAAUUCUCACCGUGCUGACACGGCCGCCGGCCCGUGCUCGGAGCCGCACACUCCGUCCUGCUCCCACUUGGUGCUAGCAGAGGGAUGGGUCUGCUCCUGAAGGUCAUCAUCCCCUUCAUGGGGCUGGGGCUGGCCGUGUAUUUUUACUCAGCACCUGAGAAUUUCAGCGAGGAGAUGCUCCGGGGGAAGCGGGUGAUCGUGACGGGAGCCAGCAGCGGCAUCGGGGAGCAGAUGGCAUACCACCUGGCACGCAUGGGGGCCCACGUCCUGCUCACGGCACGGACGGAGGCAAAGCUGCAGAAGGUUGUGGAGCGAUGCCUGGAGUUGGGCGCCGUGUCUGCCCGCUUCGUGAGCGGCUCCAUGGAGGAUACCGCGUUCGCCGAGGAGGUGGUGAAGGAGGCCGAGAACACCUGGGGAGGCCUCGAUAUGCUCAUCCUGAAUCACAUCGGCUACUCUUACUUCAACUACUUUGAUGGGGAUGUGGAACACGUACGAAAGCUCCUGGAGACCAACUUCCUCAGCUACGUGGCGAUGACUGUGACUGCCCUUCCCAUGCUGAAGGAGAGCGAGGGCAGCAUCGUCGUCGUUUCGUCUGUGGCAGGUAAAGCCGGUAGCCCGUUUGUUGCUCCCUAUUCUGCAACAAAGUUUGCCUUGGAUGGAUUUUUCAGCUCCUUGCGACAUGAGUUCAUCAUAGACAACGUCAACGUUUCCAUCACGCUCUGCAUCCUGGGUUUCAUUGACACAGACAGCGCGAUGCGGGUGGUCUCGCACGCCAUCAGGGUGGCCCCAUCGCCCAAGGAGGAGUGCGCGCUGGAGAUCAUUCGCAGCGGGGCCCUGCGCCAGCGCGAGCUGCACUACCCACCCAGCACCGUGACCGGGAUGCUGCUCCUGCGCAGCCUGGCCCCCGACUUGCUCGACACCCUCAUCAGGAGCAACGUCAUCGUGGAAAAUGUCAGGAGAGCACCGCCGCCCCACAGUACCGCGGUGCCCCCGGCUGGCUCCCCGGGGUCGGGGCGUUAGCGUGGCUCCAAGUGCCCGGGGUGGCCCCGCACUGACGCGCCCCACGCACAGCAGUGUCUCCAGAAAAACCCACCCCAAAAUGGCACGUGGGGAUGCUUUGUGAAGACAGCAUAGCUGGGAACACGGGGCCCCCCCGGAGCUGCCCAAGCAAGA